CUCAGAUCCCUCUGAAAUAUUCACAUAAGCGGCUCCUGUUUUGACCCUUUUGCAUUCUAAUUCAAAGCCAAAAGAAGAAGGCGCAGAGAAGAAUAUGGCGAAGAAGAGCGUUCCCAGCCUCCAUGCCCUGACGUCCGCUGUGACGAUGCUGGUGCUCGGCCUUGGCCUUCCGACCUUGGUUGCUCCUCGGUGCGAGACGAGACCCAUCCUCUUCAACUUUGGCGACUCAAACUCGGACACCGGCGGUUUCACGGCCGCGUUCGGGAUCGACUUCGCACUGCCCGACGGCCGCGCCUUCUUUCACGAGGCCACCGGCCGGCUGUGCGACGGGCGGGUGACCAUCGAUUUCCUCUGCGAGAGCCUGAACACAAGUCUCUUGAGCCCGUACUUGGAAUCUUUGGGCCCGAAUUUCAGCAACGGAGCCAAUUUCGCCACCGCCGGCGCCGCCACCCUCCCUCGCUACCAGCCCUUCAACUUGGGCGUCCAAGUCCGCCAGUUCCUCCUUUUCCGAUCUCGCUCGCCGCUGCUUCUCUCGAGAGGCUAUGCGAAUCUGGUCGGUAAGGAUGGCUUCACGAACGCUCUCUACACCAUAGACAUCGGCCAGAAUGACCUUGCGCCGUAUCCUCCUAUUCCGUAUUCGCAAGUUAUAGGAAAUAUCUCAGUCUUCGUCGAAGAAAUCAGACUCACUAUCUGGAGCAUAUACCAAAGCGGAGGGAAGAAUUUCUGGGUGCACAACACCGGGCCAUUGGGCUGUUUGCCUAACGUAUUGGUUAACCACCCCCAUGACGCGAGCGACAUUGAUGAGCUCGGGUGCCUCCGAUCUCGCAACGAUGUUGCUCGAGAAUUCAAUCGGCGAUUGCAAUCCCUUUGCGACGAGCUGAGGUGCCGGAUGAAGAACGCCACGAUCGUGUACGUCGACGUCUUCGCGAUCAAGUACGAUCUCAUCGCCAAUCACGCUAAACACGGAUUCGAGAACCCGUUAAUGGCGUGCUGCGGCAAUGGCGGGCCGCCCUACAACUACAAUCCCAACAUUACUUGCGGCCGGAGCGGGUACACCGUGUGCGACGAUGCGUCGCGCCAUGUCAGCUGGGACGGCAACCACUACACCGAGGCGGCUAAUUCUUUCGUGGCCUCUCGAAUACUCUCCGCUAACUACUCCACCCCUCCCAUUAAAUUUGAUUUCUUUUGUAACGUUUAAUUUCACUUGAAGAGAUUUCUGGAGUUUUGCGAAUAUCCGG